CACGGAGGAUUGUUGUGGUAGAAAUUAGCUUUUCCUCCGGACAGUAGCCGGACACAUCUCAUCUGGAAGGACGGACGCUAGACACGCUGACGGGCCGCAGCUGGAGAACCGGCUCGUUUAACCUAACGGCGGCGGUAGGUGCUAACGUCGAGCACCAGUAGCUGCUAGCUGCUGCUGUUAGCCACCAGCUAACACUGACCUGUCUGAGAGUGCAGAGCAGCCGGGCGAGGGUUUCAGCUCAGCCGGCCUCGACCCACAGAGGGGACCGUGAGAGGGGUUUUAUAGAAACACAGGGAACCGGGACUGACUGCUUUCAGUGAGCUAACACGCUAACAGCGGUGGUCUCACUGGUUUAGUGUCACCGUGAGGACCGGGCUGCACAGUAUGAGCGGUGUAAACACACAGGUGUCCUCCGCUCCGUGUGGUUAAAGUAGGAGCAGCAGACGCACACAGCUGUGCGGUAACAGUCCCUGAAUCCCUGCGUGUUACUGUGUGUCAGCAGUGUGUGGGUGCAGCCGACUGCAGCCGGACAGUAUGAGCUCUAAAGGAGGAGGCACCGCUCUGACCCGCCGCAACUACCGGCUGUCCUCAGACACAGACAAACCCAAAGCUACAGGUAUAGUGAAUGAGAAGCUGCUGAGUGACUACCUGCACCAUGUGUUUCCUUCUACCAAGCAGGGACCUGCAGUGGCCUCCCUCAGGAAGCCUCUUGGUUUCCAGGAUCUCAGCGCUCACCUGGAGAGACUGCUGUCUGAGGGAGAACCCACUGAGGACAGCAGAGAUGAGCCUGCUGAAGGUCGCCUGGGUCCUCAGCCCGUCGUCCUGGAUCACACCAGCGGCUUCGAAGGCCUCCUGUUUGUAGAUGAUGACCUGUUAGGGGUCAUCGGCCACAGCAACUUCAGCUCCAUCAGAGCCACCACGUGUGUUUAUAAAGGGAAAUGGGCGUACGAGGUGCUGAUCUCCUCCCAGGGCCUGAUGCAGAUCGGGUGGUGUACUCUCAACUGUCGCUUCAACCAGGAGGAGGGGGUGGGCGACACACCUGAUUCCUACGCGUACGAUGGAAACAGAGUGAGGAAGUGGAACGUGACCACCACUAACUACGGAAAGUCUUGGGCAGCAGGAGACAUCGUCAGCUGCCUGAUAGACCUGGACGAGGGAACCAUCACAUUCUGCCUGAACGGACAGUCUCUGGGCACAGCCUUCACCAACAUUAAGAUGGGUCCAGGCGUGGCCUACUUUCCUGCCAUCAGCCUCUCCUUCAAAGAGUCGGUGGCUUUCAACUUUGGCAGCAGACCUCUCAGGUACCCUGUGGACGGCUACCUGCCCCUGCAGAACCCCCCAGCCACAGACCUGAUGAAAGCUCACAGACUGCUGGGCUACAUCAAGAACGUCCUGUCCACCUCCAUCGAUACGCAGGAGGAGAGGCUGGUGGAGAAGGACUGUGCAUUGUGGAGGCUUCAUGGAGAACCCACCGUCCUCAUCACGCUGGCUCACAUCUUCAACCACUUUGCUCCUCUCAUGUGUAAAGUUUACCUGGUGGAGGACGUGCUGAUGAACUUCCUGUUGGGGAUUCUGGAGGGAGGAGGCUCGGUUGAUGAGCAUCCGCUCAUACAGCAACUCCUGGAUCUCUUCUGGCUGCUAAUGGAGGACUAUGAGGUGAAUGAGUGCCUGAAGCAGCUGAUGAUGUCCUUGCUGAGGGCCUAUCGCUUCUCCCCCAUCAUACCUGACCUGGGCUUCCAGAUCCACUACCUGCGUCUGACCACGGCCGUCCUGCAUCACGAGAAGUCCAGGAAAUACCUGCUGAACAGCGUCUUGUUUGAUGUUCUGCGCUCGGUCGUGUUCUUUUACAUCAAGACUCCUCUGAGAGUGAAGGAGGCGGGGCUCGAGGAACUCAUCCCGACCACCUGGUGGCCCACGCACUUCGACAAGGAGGGGAAAGAUGAGCGUGAGCCCAAAGACGAAAGUGCGGAUGAACGUGUGAGGCGUCGAGCGUAUGAGAGAGGCUGUCAGAGGCUGAAAAAGAGGAUCGAGGUGGUGGAAGAGUUGCAGGUUCAGAUCCUGAGGCUGCUGCUCAAUAACAAAGACAAAGCAACGGGCGAAGCCUCGCGCUACAUUUUCCUCAAUAAGUUCAGGAAGUUUCUCCAGGAAAACGCCAGCAACAGAGGGCACCCCACAGCUCUGUGUCCUCCGGAGUACAUGGUGUGUUUCCUCCACCGCCUCAUCACGGCUGUGAGAGCCUGCUGGGACGAAGGUAACAGGAAGAGUCCGGGCAGCGUCAGCAGUGAAGAGGCCUAUGUCCCUCCCCAGCUCUUCUACAAUGGGAAGGUGGACUACUUUGACCUGCAGAGACUGGGGGGGCUCCUGUCCCACUUAAAGAAGACUCUCAAAGAUGACUUGGCCAGUAAAGCCAACAUUAUCAUCGACCCAGCAGAGAUCCAGGCCACGUCCAUGGAUGACCUGGACGAGGACGAGGAGAGCGGAGCAGCACAGAGGCCGUUUGGUGCAGCGGCGAUGGGGGGCGCUCUGGCGAGGCCCAGCUGGCUGAGUUCUCCCACUUUGGGUCGGGCCAAUCGGUUCCUGAGCACGGCCGCCGUCAGUCUGAUGACGCCCAGACGACCCCUCACUCAGCCUGAGAAGGUGAAGGUUCGCACGCUCACCGUGGAGCAGAGGACAGAGGAGGACAUCGAGGGGAGCCAUGGUAACGACGGACUGUUGCUGGGGCGACCGCUGGAGGAGCCCGAUCAGCCAAUCGCAGAUAAGUCCCUGCUGGAGAUAGUUGAUGGGAUCGUGAUGAUGUACAACCUGAGUGUUCAUCAGCAGCUGGGGAAGAUGGUGGUGGUUUCAGACGACGUCCAUGAAUACUCCGUGGCUCUGAAGGACACCGACGAGAAGAUCGCUCGAUGCCCCGCACGAAGACCCGACAUCCUGGAGGAGCUCCAGAAGAGCCAGAAGGUUUUUGCAGAGAAGCUGAACCACCUGAGCAGGAGACUGGCCUGGAUCAACGCCACCAUCUACUCCAAGGAGAAGAUGCUGGAUGUGUACUGGCUGCUGUGCGUUUGUAUUCGCACCAUUGAACACGCCGACAACACCGGCUCCCUGUUCGCCUUUGCUCCAGAGUUCUACCUCAACGUAGCCAUGAACGCGUACAGCGCCCUGAAGAACUACUUCAGCCCCGCCAACAGCAUGGAGGAGCUGCCAGGCUACGAAGAAACACUGACUCAGCUCGCUGCUAUCCUGGCUAAGCACUUUGCAGAUCCACGCAUAGUUGGAACAGAUAUCAAAGACUCUCUGAUGCAGGCCCUGGCCAGCUACGUCUGCUACCCACAAUCCCUCAGGGCCGUGGAGAGGAUCCCGGAGGAGCAACGUGUUGCCAUGAUGAGGAAUCUGCUGGCUCCGUAUGAGCAGAGACCCUGGGCCCAGACCAACUGGAUACUGGUCCGACUGUGGAGGGGCUGUGGGUUUGGCUACAGAUACACUCGCCUGCCUCACCUCCUGAAAACCAAACCCGAGGACGCCAACCUGCCCAGCCUGCAGAAGCCGUGUCCGUCGCUGCUGCUGCAGAGACACAUGGCGGAGCUGCUGAGUAUGGACAAAGACAUGGCCGCCUCGUUCCUCAACAGCGUCCUGAACCAGCUGAACUGGGCCUUCUCCGAGUUCAUCGGCAUGAUCCAGGAGAUCCAGCAGGCCGCAGAGCGUCCGGAGAGAAACUUCGUGGACACUCGUCAGCUGAAGGUGUGUGCGACCUGCUUCGACCUGUCCGUCAGCCUGCUGCGUGUGCUGGAGAUGACCGUCACUCUGGUGCCUGAGAUCUUCCUGGACUGGUCCCGACCGUCCGCAGAGCUGCUGCUCAGGCGCCUGGCUCAGCUGUUGAACCAGGUGUUGAACAGAGUCACAGCAGAGAAGAACCUGUUUGAUCGUGUUGUGAACCUAAGACUGCCAGGCCUGGAAAGUGUGGACCACUACCCCAUCCUGGUUGCAGUGACGGGGAUUCUGGUUCGAAUCCUGGUGGACGGAGACCGACAGGGGAUAUCUCGAGCUGCAUCCGUCCUGCUCUCUGACCCCUGUUUCCAGCUGCACUCCAUCCAGCACCUGUUAGGAGAGGGGGGAGAGUCCUCCAGCGCCUCGGCAGCCGUCACCUCCACUGCCCGCCCCGUGGUCGGGUCUCUGGGGUCGUCUGUGGCUCCUCCCAUCCCUUCAGCCGCUGGAAACGCAGGCUCCUCAGAACGCAAACACUUCUCCCUACACGCAUACACGGACUACAUCAGCGAGGAGGAGAAGCAGAAGGUGGAGCUGAUGCUGGCGUUUCUCACAGAGGAGUCCAAACAGGCUGCAGCCAGCACAGCUCCGACCAGCGAAGAAGACCUGUGCCCCAUCUGCUACGCCCACUCCAUCUCUGCCAUCUUCAAGCCCUGCUCACACAAGUCCUGCAAAGCCUGUAUCAACCAGCAUCUGAUGAACAACAAGGACUGUUUCUUCUGCAAAGCCACCAUCACCGGGGUCGAAGACUACAGCAAGCCCAGCACCUCCUAACACACACACACACAGACACACACACACACCCACACACACACACACCUCACACACACACACACCUGACACACACACACACACACACACCCACACACACACACACCUCACACACACACACACCUGACACACACACACACACACACACACACACACACACACAUCACAAAGAUCAUAAGAGAAAAAGCAGAAAGUGUGUUACAGACCUUCACACUCAAACUUCAGACCACGUAUCCGUGAACCCAAAGAUUCCUCAGACGUCUUCACUGUCCGUACGAACCAACGCGUUCACACAACUUCCUGUUUCUGACCUGAGACGCUGUGUGUGUGUGUGUGUGUGGCUGUCAGACUGUCAGUGCUGUAAAACACUGAAAACAUCUUCUUAUACAUAUGUAGAUAUUGUGUGUGUGUCUGUGGUGAAACACGUGGACUCGGCUCUGAAUCCACCACCUGCUGAGAGCUCACCAAGUUCACUAUGAGUUUCAGGAGUUUUCAGUCUGUGCUGUGGUGACAAGUGACAGCACGCACUCACACACAGACACACACACACCUAUUAUAAAUACUGCAGUGUUGUUAAGUAGGGAAAAUACAGGACGCACACACACCUACACUGGGGUGUAAAAAAAACGAAAAGAAUCUUGAUGUAGACAGAUGAGAGGACGCUGGGGACUCAGUGUUCUCUGUACAACAGCAGACACACACACACACACACACACUAAACCAAGACAGCAUCAUAACUCCCCAAUAAAGAAGCUGAGGACUGGAUGGAGGACAGCAGCGUCCUUGAGUGUGAGAACUAAAUGUCAAAUGAGGACAACAACUCACCUCUACCUGUCAGUGCAGGUACAACACACACACACACACACACAUUUACACAAGUUCUUACAGAGGAACAGGAUGGCAGCCAUGUACUAUAUAUCACCUUUACCUCUGCAGACACACACACACACAGACACACACAGGCAGAGGAUGGAAACCUGGUCUGAGGAGUCAGAGCUUCACACAACGAGUCUGUGUGAACGCAAAGCAACAAGAAGACACACAAAACAGCCAUGAAGAGACUCACAGACACAAAGCUUAACAAACACUGUGGCGUCACAGUCGCACAGCCCUGCACUCACAGAACAGUCUCUCAGCCGGUUACAGAUUCUGCAGAACUCGUUUAGACGUGAUGGACUCAGUUUGAUAUUUUUGGGAAACGGAGAACAAGAAAGAAGAAGCGAAGUUUACAAAAUGUCUUUUAUGAACAGUUCCUCUGACCAUCGAGUCCAGAUAAACCUCAAUCCAACUUCUGGUGCUGGAGUUUGUUACAACAAAAAACCUGUACUGUUGUGUAGAUGUGGCGUCGCGUCACUUAAACCUCAAACUAAAACCGGGUCAUUGAUCAGAAACAAACGUGACGGCUGAUUUUUUUUUUUUUGGUGAAUGAGUUGAGUCAGACCUUGUGUUGGUGCGGAAUCAGGAAUCAGCUGAUUUCCUGAUCUGAUUUUAGGAUGUGGCUGAAACGUGGCCGUUGUUCUGACGCCGAAUCGACGGCGAUCCUCCCUGAAGGGUCGUUCAGCUCAACGGCUUCUUUCCGUUUCUUUUCCUGUUUGUUCACUUUGAAAGUUUCUGAUUGUUGUGAGUGUUUAACAGUUUGAAGGCUCAUUAAACGUGGACACGCAAAGGAAACUGAGCAGGACGUUGAAAUAAUAAACUGAUAAUGAUGUGAAAUUGGAAAAUAGAAAAGCCAAAGUAUAAAACUAAUUUUAAAGGAAAAUGAAAACAUCUAAGAUUAUUAUUUGAAUAAGAACAUAAAUGAUUGAAAUGAUUUUUCCAUUUGUCGGUUCAUUAUCCGCAGGUGUUUUUUCAUUUCAUUGGCCUAAUUUUCUGUAUCCGCACUAAAGUGAUGUUUUAUUUCCACUUUUGUGGGAAAAAUCAGUUUUUAAAAACAGCUAAAUUCACACUCGAUUUGUGUUUCAUGUCUGUGGGACAUUUCACAGAUUGUGUUUUAAAUAUUAUCUUUGGAAAUGAAAAUGUAAUAGUGAUAUUAAUGAUUUUGGCCGAUCCAUGUGAAACGCAGCAGAGUCAAUCUGUUCCCGUGAUGUUCUGCUGACAAACGAACGGAACAGCUGAGGAACAGCUGAAGCUAAAGGGCUGUUUGACGAAACGCUGGCGGACGUGGAAUCGAUGGUGUGUUUUCACUGAGGUGUUUGUUUUCUCACUAUAUGAACUGAUAGCGGUACUCAUACAGUAUUUAAAGCAUGUGUCUGAGUGAGCAGAGUGUUUCUGAUGCAGCUUUCACUGACUGAUACUGCAGCGGCUCUGAUUGGUCGCUUUACCCUGGAUUGGGUGGGAACAGGAGAUGUUAGGGAUGGACGAGCUUAUUGCUUUCCUCCUUUCCUCCUUUCCUUCUUUCCUUUGUGAGUGAGAGUGCACAUAUACUGAUAAUGUAACUGCAUUAAAUUAUUUAUCCUAAACCAA